AAUCGCACGUAUGCUCAACAUGGUGCUGAGGAUAACGCCUGAAAAUGGGGGAUACUAAUAAAAGUAAAGUAUAUCAUUAUAUAUUUCGUUUUCGCGGCUGAUGAGCGCAUCGCCUGUAAUGCAACGAGAAAAUUCGAUGCCAGACUUAAGUGAGCGCACUUCAUGCAGACGGUUAGGAAGACAGUCCGAUGCUUUAACGUGUUUUCACUAACUGUAACAUUAUAAGCUGACAUGGACAACUAUGGUUUAUUUUGUAGCGUUAGCUUACUGUUUUCGCCAUGAGUAUGCGUUCCGAAUCCAUCUCUAAGGUGGGACUGCGCUCAGAAUCAAACAAUUUUCACCUGUCAAAAAGAAGCUUAGGGCACAUUAGCCCCCCCCAAGAUUCAUUCACUUUUGGCAAAGAAACGCACGACUCUCUUGGCAUCACUCUUAACAACUCUGGACAUCACUUCAUUAAAUCAAGAAACCUGGACAAAAAUCUCGUUGGGAAAGCUACUCGGCGUUUACUGCCGGGAGGACAGAACAAAGCAGUAGCUGCUGCUUCUGGAUCCAGCUCUGAGAGCGCAGACACACUUGCAUCUCAACGUAAACAAAUGGGGGGCGAAGGAACCCCUGUUAAAAGUAAAACUCCACUUGGACAGACCAACACUAUUGAUAACAAGGCAGAGUUUGUUUCAAUGAAUUCACACAACUCCAGAGAUUCUGGAGGGGAAGAAAGCACAAAAGGGUUGGAAACUAUGAGGCCUCACAGUGUGGCAUCUCAUGAACACACGGAGGAUAAACGAAAGAACAUUAGGAAAACCUCUGGACAUCCCAAUUCACAAGCCAGUUGUCUUCGACAACUCCUCUUACUUCAGCUGAACUUGAUAGAGCAACAGCAGCAACAGCUGCAGGCUAAGGACAAGGAAAUAGAUGAACUAAAAGCAGACAGAGACACGCUUCUUGCACGGAUUGAGCGGAUGGAACGGCGUUUACAGUUGAUGAGUAAGGAACCACGUGACAAGCGUCUCUUUCAGCCAUUAGAACGUUGGGUCCCGGACACAGAUGACUUUUGGGAUUCAGAUGUAGGAGAGAGCCCACAGACCCCAACACCUAAAUCCUCUGUAUUUAGUCGAGGCAGCAAAGUGCAAAAGAGGAAAUUUGGCUUUGUGGAUUCCAAAAUACAGAGGUCACAAGGAAAGGCUUCUAGGUUAACCCCUCAGAAAUCAGACACUGGAGGAGCCUCACCAUGCCAAAGGGACCUACGAAACAAGGAGACCCCUGAAAAGACCGGGAGGUCAUCCAGUCAGAUGGAAACCCUCUCGGAGGGAGAGGACAGCUGUGAAAAUGAUGACUUUCCAUAUAUGACGACAACUGAAAUGUACUUAUGCUGCUGGCACCAGCCUCCUGUCUCUCCACUACGAGAGCAAUCGCCCAAGAAAGAGGAGGAUGUUGCCAUCCCAUCCUGGAGAGAAAACCGCAUAGAGCCUUUGAGAGAGGAAGAUGUUUUUGAAAUCUCUGAGAAUCUUGAGGAUGGUGUCUUCCUGAAACGACAUUCAAAGCUAGAGCUGGAUGAAAAAAGACGGAAAAGAUGGGACAUUCAAAGGAUUCGGGAACAGCGUAUGCUCCAAAGGCUGCAGCAGCGCAUGGAGAAGAGAAAGAUGAAUAUUCAGGAGAGUGAACCAGAGAUAUCCUCCUUUUACCCUGAUAUUGAUGAUGUGGAGUCAGUUGUCAUUACACCCUUUCUACCUGUUGUGGCCUUUGGCCGGCCUUUGCCCAAGCUGACUCCACAGAACUUUGAGCUGCCAUGGCUUGAUGAAAGAAGUCGUUGUCGCAUAGAGAAUCAGAAAAAAACUCCUCACAGGACCUGCCGGAAAUAAGACAUUGAAUAAGUCAUUGAAUU